AUGAAGGGUCUACUAGCGACUAGCAGUCGGGAGGCGCCCCAAGCAGCUGCUAUGGAAACCGAAUUGGCCCAGCUCAUCGACCUGCCGGACGAGCUCAUUCUUCCCAUUCUUGAAGUCCUUUGUCGCCACUGCGACGGUCGAAAUUGCGGAAGUCACCAGGAGGAACGCGAGAGCCAGAAGGCACUCGUCUCAUUCUCAAAGACCUGCUUCCGCUACCACAGGCUUGCGCGACCCUACCUCUUUCACCACGUCUACUUCAAUUACAACUACCACGAGAUUCGGGAGCACCCCUGGCUGGGUUGGAAACAAGAGCAGAUCCUGUUUAGGCUUUUGCAAAGUUUGGCAGGCGACCACGUUCCAGACCCCGACGCGCUGGAGGCUGCUGGCAAGCGGAGCCUUGCAAAUGGCAUCGAUGACUUGGCCACCUCCAUCAAGCACCUUGAAGUCAACCUGACUCCCAAUCUGCACAUUGAAAGUGGCAGGGUCGGUAAGACUUGGAAAGCUCCCAGCCGGGAGACCUUUGGCUUCGACUGGCUUCCUGAGAUUCUCAACCGUGCCACCAAUUUGGAACAUCUCGAGCUACACAUGGAGCUUCCUCUCAACAAGCAUGCGGGCUUUAUACAGUCCAUGAACCAGUACGGCCGCGCCAGGUAUAAUUCCAUUAAUACCCUCAGCUUUAUAUACCGUGCCUCCUGUUACGACAAGAUCACCGAUUUUGACCUUCGAGACACGCACAUGAUCUUCAACCGCUGCCGCAACCUGGCCACACUCGAACUUCACGGAAUAGGAGGCUUGGGCGAACGAUUCGCUGAAACUACCUACGUCACCUCCAAGCUCAAGACCUUGCGCCUGACAAAUUGUUCCCUCCGAGCCAGUGAUUUUGAUACCCUCAUCGCAGGCAUCAAGAAUUUGGAGAGCUUCACUCUGGGCCGCGGCGAGCUCCACAAAUUCCAGUUAAUUGCUGAGAACACGAUCAACGACCAAGUGUUCCCCGCGAGCAUCAUCGAUGGCCUGAAGAACAAGUGCAGCCAUAGCCUGAGGCAUCUCGAGCUCGGUCCCUUUGAAAUGACGCUGUGGCAGUGCAUUUGGCACCUGAAUCGCUUCGGAACGGAAGCCGAAAAGCUCGAGGCCAUUCGAACAGCCACCAUUCAUACACUGCGUUCCUUCGAAAAGCUUGAGCAUGUUCAACUUGCCCAAGACUCUAUUCUCGGCGUUUCAAACAUGUGGACCUCUUGUUACUAUGAUAUUCCUUUUGUAUUGUUGCCGACGUUGCUCCCGGGUGACACAACUACAGAGCAGCGACUCGGCCUUUGGCGUAUCGACACCAGCUUGCCUGACCCUGACGGCACUCGCCUAGUCGACAUGCUUCCGCGGACCCUCAAGUCUCUUCGCCUUACCCAUGUCAACAACAAGCUUGCAGAGAGCUUGCUCACCUUCGCCACCGCCGUCUCCCUCGGAGAGUUCCCCGAGUUGAAGGAGGUAUCCCUGCACGGCCAGGAUCCUCUCAUGGAGCGUUGUCGUUAUGGCAACCGCUUUCAGAUCGAGUUUCUUUUCGCUCUUGAGCGACACUGGGAUUUCUUGAAGGAUGAAGUCUUACAAGAGAUGAAAGACCUGCUUAAUGAAGCUGGUGUCAAACUCUCCUGGGAGGCGAUGGGAAGCAAUCGGCCCACUGAGGGAUGGCCCGAUAGCCCCACAGCGAUGCUGCGCUCAUGUAGCAUGUAUUCAACUCCUCGCAUAACAGAAGAGGACAGGGCAUUCACCAAUUUCAACAUGAAACGCAACGACUGGACCGUCAUGCUACAACGACUGUGUGUCAUAACAGUCACUGAAACCGAGGAGGAGUACGACGAUCACUGGUCGAUAUGGCGUGAGGACGAGUUGGACUGA